AUUGAAAACGGUUCCAAGCACUGAUCGAAGAUGUAUCUGCUACGUAUUUCCGUUUCCACACAAACUUCUUAUCAACAAACUAACCGUAAUACUUCCACGUUAACGAAACUAUCCUGAGGGCCUUUCCCCUCAGGAAACGUUUUAUCGUCGGUUUAACCUCGCUGGCCAUUAUCGCCUUGGCGAUAUAGUGAGUACCCCGCGUCCCGUCGCGUGCCGCGCGGGUGUUCCUGUCGGGGAACUACUGGAGCAGCGCCAGUCCGUACCUCUGUGCAACGGCGGUCGAUGAUAUCAGUGAGCCCCAGCCGUUUUCGCUACCAUUAGACAAGCAGCGGCCGCCUUCGACAGUUCUCUGACGGCUCCGGUACUAACAUGGAGGAUGAGUGCGAGAACACAUCACAGACUUUCGUCGGCAAUGCGAAGAAAAUCGACUUGUCUAUUAACAGCGGAGUCUUACGGGUUAUUGGUAACAAUAGUUUCGUGACUGUCACCAAAAACGUCGGCCAGAUUAUGAUCAUUGGCAACAAAGGACACGUGCAAGUGACUGAGAACACAGGCUUCAUCGGUUAUACUGGAAAUAACGGAUUGGUUGAAGUGGGCACAACGUCAAAAGGCAUCGGACGAGUGGUCUACACUGGCAAUGGAGGAAAGGUUAAACGAAUGAAGACGAAUGGAGUCAUCGGAAAACGUGACGCAGAAAAAAGCAGUACCAAAAAUCCACUUCCGCCAAAGCAAGAAGGACAACCGGCUAAAAAGACAGAUGUGCAAAGUGAACUCAGAGUGAAUAAGGUUGAAAUGUGUAUCAAUUCAAAGUCAAAACAGGGCAUUCAUAAAGGAGUGACCAAGGAAAAUAUUAGUCCUGAUAAGCUAAAAAGGACACCGAUGCCUCAGGUAGGCACCUGUUAUGAAGUGAAAAAUGUCUGGCGGCAGGCAUCCAGUAAAAGCGACGAACAGAAGAAGGCGAAGAUUAAAACGAUUAAAACGUCGCGUCGGAAAAUCAUUCAGGUGUCCAACUUAUCGAACUUCGAACUCGAGAAUUGGUGUUUGAACCUGGCAGCUGAACUUAUUGCUUUGCAUGAUUAGUCGAGGAAAGUUGUCAGAAACUGUGAUUUCUUUCUUCCUUAAAAUGCGUGAAAGUUCCUAAAUAAAUGCACCUACCUUAAUAUAUUCUGUUAUACUGGUAGUGAUCGAAAUGCCAGCCUCGGUGUUUAACAGUAUUAAUGUUUCCAGAGAUAAUCUCUCGCCGUUGUUCCUAAAUAUUUCGUAAGUACAACUGUCCCGACUAUGCGGCACAAAAUGUUUGUGUGAGUAUGGAACGGUAGGCUGAUUGUAUUUUUAAAUGUACGAUGGAACUUUGCUUUUCAAAAGAAACAGGGUAUUUCACUCAGUAUUAACAGAAAAGGACAGCUCACGUGUGACAGCGCUACCUCACUCUCAAAUUUCAAACAAUCAAUUGCUGACUUUGUAAGCAUAUCAAAACAGUUUUUGUCUUUUGAUAAUGGUCUCCCUAAUCAGUGCUCGGUUGACAGAACUAAGUACUCAUUAUAUAACUUAUUUAUUUAAUUUUGAUUAAAUAAUUUAUUCAUAGCCAGUUUUCACAAAUUUUAGUGACCUUUAUUCAAAUUCACUAAAAGAUAAUGAUUUGCAUUUAAUUUCUUGGAUUUGAUAUGUUUACAAAUAGGCCUAUAAAUGCAUUUUUAUAAGUACCUGUAGUUAAUUAUUCUGGGUAUUUCAUUGUGUUCAAUUUUAUGAAUGUGACAUGUCUAAGUUAAUGCUUUCAUGAGAAGUACAUCUUAUGUGACUGAUUUAAUUUAUUUACGGAAUUAUCCGUCCAUAAUUUUGUAGACUAAAUAAGAGUCGUUUUCGAGAAUUAUAAUAGUAAUUAAACAGAUUUCGGUGCUUUUGUUUGCGAUAAUAACUGCCCUCUGGAAUAGAGGCUCUUUAAAAUGUUAAACAAUUUUCUCUUGUAAUCACAGUUUGUACCCACCGAAUUAAUUGUUUUGUGUUCCCGUAUUUUAUGUGUAGUUUGAAUGAACUUGCCAAUAUAUCAGACUGACAUUAAACUUUAUUCAUCAGCUA